GGGAGGCGCGAACUGCGUCUCUGUUGCCUGGAGACAGCGUGGGACGCCGUUGCCUGGAGACGGCCCUUGGCCCUGCACCCAGCGAGUGCCAAGAGCGCAGAGGGAGCGAGUUGCAGCGGACGCCCAGGAAGGCAUGGCGGGUCGCCAGAAGGAGAAGGUGAUCCCGGACGAGGUCCAUCAGAACCAGAUCUUGCGGGAAUUGUACCUGAAAGAGCUACGAACCCAGAAACUGUACACUCAGUAUCAUGUGAAUCCCCUCCGCAAGGUUCACACAAUUACCAGAAAGCCCAUGUCUUGGCAUGAUCACCUGGAGGAACCUGCAGAUGACAGGUUUCUGAAUCUUAUUCACCAUGCUGCCCAGGGACCAAGAAAGAAAUACGUGGAGACACAGACUGAAAGCCAAGAAAUUGGAUGGGACUCAGAGCCCUUGGUCAACCCAGAACGCGAUGACCGCAGGCUGAACCACUUCAGGGUCUACAGUGACGUCACCCUAUACAAGGCUAAACUGUGGAGCUUGGGAGAGGACGACCGCCGCAAGUAGUACACCAGCGGCAGUGCCAGCCCUGUCUUUAGUGCCCUCUGUGGCAGCUGCCCAGAUAGAGAAGGACUGCUUUAAAGCUUAGGUCUGACUUCCUAUAUGAGUCUCCCAUUUCUCCUUUCUGCCCAAGUCCACUGGUUCAAAUCCUUAAUCUUAUAAACGAGUGAGAGAAUUCCAGUUAAAGAUGGCAAAUCAACAUCCCUCUGCCUUCCCAGGUCCCAGCAAA